AUGAGUGGCGAUCGCCCAUCCCGAUUGCCCCAGGGGCUCAUCGUCCGACAGAAGCAGCCUUACAAGCGUCAAGCCGGGUUGGAUGAGCCUAGGCACGACGUUAGCGGACACGGUCCCUUGCGGACUUUUGAUGUCUUUGCACUCGUCGUCAACAAGAUGGUUGGAACAGGCAUCUAUACUGCGCCCGCUUCCGUCUUUCUGAUGACGGGCAACAAGAGUCUGACGCUGGGUCUGUUUGGCAUCGGUUUCCUGUACUCCCUAGUCAGCAUGAUUAUAUAUCUCGACUUCGCUAAAGUGCUACCAUUCAAUGGCGGUGAACUCAUCUAUAUUGACGAGAUGACCUCGCAUGUGUCCAAGCCAACGACAGCGCCGAUACUUCGUGCCUCAACGACCGGAUCCUUCCAGAGGCCAGAGCUAAACGGACGAACGAAUACCGAGCUGCGGACCCUCGAUUCGCGAGGCACUGAGCUUCCCGUACAAUCAUCCACGUCCCCAGCGACCGAGCCGAACACCCCCAAAGCGAAUACACCUUCAGCAAUAAGAAGAUUCCUAGGUGAUGGACUCUUUGCGUACAUCACUUAUUCCAUUGCCUUCGUCUUCUUCUUCAACUCUGGGACCAACAGCAUGCAAAUUGGACGCUUCCUUCUUCUCUGUAUCCAAGACGACAAAGAUACAACCUCGAGCAGUACAGAGCAAGAGAACAUAGCCCAGCAGGAAGUCUCGAAUGACAUCAACCAGGACCUCAUGCGGUUCAUUGGCAUCGUCGCUCUCUCCAUCAUCUGUCUUCUGCAAUACUUCAGCCCAGGGUUUGGCCGCGGCAUGAACAAGACGCUUGCAGUUAUAAAGCUUGCGUUUAUGGUGGCCCUGUUCAUCGUUGGUAUCGCCGCCACGGGCCGCAAAAUCGAGGACAGAUCCGGCGACUGGUAUGUCUGGCAUCCCACCAAAGACGAACAAGAGAAUGAUUCAGACAUUGGCGAGCGGAGUGACUUGACAUUUGCAAAGGCCUUGUUGUUGGUUCUCUUCAGCUUCCAAGGUUGGGAAAAUGCGACAUUUGUCGCCGGUGAGAUUCCUGCCACUAGACACCAUGUCUUGCGCCAGGGCUUUAUUGCCGCCGUUUGCACUGUUGGCUGCUUAUAUCUCCUCAUUGUGGCUGUCUUUCUUCACUCUAUUACGUGGAACGACCUCACAAAAGGGAGUACAAAUAUUAAUUACCCUCCCAUGCUCACUGGCGACAGCGUGGGCGCUAGACGGACCUGGGCCAUAAUAGCUGCUAUUUCGUCCUUCGGAAGCCUCAAUGCUAUCAUUUACACGUUUUCGAGAGUUAAACAGGCCAUCGGCCAAGCCGAGAUCCUUCCGUGGUCUCGAUACUUUAAGCAGGAUGAUAUGCUUCAACGAAGCCGUUCCGGGCCUGAAGAGGACGCGUUUCUUAAUAAAUCACCACAGGGCGGACUAAUUGUCCAUUGGAUAAUGAGCGUCGUCGUCAUCUUGGCGACAGCUGGCCCUCAUCGCGUAAUGGAGGCAGUUUUUAUCCCAGGCUAUAUCCAGACAUACAUUCAGUGUUUCUUUCUAGGUGUCCUCGGUCUGGGUUUCUUCAACCUCAAGUCUCGCGAGGAAGCGCUCUGGCCAAAUGGCGCUCCUACUCGGCGUAAGAGGAGGGGCUUCGUCGCCCAAGCCUUGCUAGUCCCAACUAUUCUCUUGUAUGCCGCUGUCAACAUGGCCAUCCUCAUCAUCAACGCCAUCCCUCCGUACUUGGCGGGUGAUGGCGAAGACAGUGACUUCGCCGGUUACAUAUUUCCUGCGUUGCUAGGUGGGUUGCUAUUUGUCAGCUCGGCCUACUAUUUACUCUUCUUUGGGGCUGCUCCUCGAAGUUACGAGCUGGUACAGAACGACGUGGAUUCCUCAAACCCCAACCCGCCCGAGCCCGUAAGACAGGAUGGCAUUAUAAAUUCCCAAAGCCGAUGGAAUCUCAUGAGAUGGGCCAAUGUUCAGUGUGAGAUUAGAAAAGACUAUACUUACGACAGGGAGCUUGAGCGGGUCUACCGGUUUGGGAGGCGAUGGAGGAUUAUCUAUUCUGUCCCUGGCGACCCUGUCUACCAGUCUCCAGCUGGUGAAGAUGGUCCACCCACUACCCCAAAGACCGUGACGUUCCCCAUGUUUUUGUAUUGGCUUUUUGGUGGUACCCGCCUCAACCCGAAAUGGAAUCCCUACAACAUCACAAGCAAGAGGUGGAAAGGAGUCAAGAAGAGAUUCCACGAUAUGACCGGGAAGUUGAAGCCGAGGUCAUCCGAUGGCUCGGAGAGGUGA